UGUGGUGACGUUGUGGGACCUCGAACGGUUGAACGGCGGUUCCUUUGUUGUCGGCGGCGGCGGCGCAAGCGAAGGAGGAGUGCGAGCGAUGAACGUGGAUCGGAUCGAGCUGUGUGAGAGCCUGCUAACCUGGAUUCAGACAUUUGGUCUGCAGGUGCCAUGCAAGAAAGUAGAUGAUUUAACAAGUGGAGUUGUGAUGGCACAGGUUCUACAGAAAAUAGAUCAAUCAUGGUUUGAUGAUACCUGGAUAAAUCGUAUCAAGACAGAAGUGGGGGAGAACUGGCGACUAAAGGUUAGCAAUUUGAAGAAAAUUUUGAAAGGGAUUCUGGAUUAUUAUCAUGAGGUGCUGGGGCAACAAAUUACUGAUUUCCCUCUGCCGGAUGUUAAUUUGAUUGGAGAACACUCAGAUGCAGCAGAACUUGGACGAAUGUUACAACUCAUUCUUGGCUGUGCUGUAAACUGUGAGCAGAAACAAGAACAAAUACAAACAAUCAUGAUGAUGGAAGAAUCUGUUCAGCAUGUUGUCAUGGCAGCCAUUCAGGAGCUCAUGAGUAAAGAAACACCAGCAUCAAUUGGUAAUGAUGCUUAUCUGGACCUUGAUCGCCAGUUGAAGAAAACCACUGAAGAACUCAAUGAAGCAUUGGCAGCUAAGGAGGAGAUUUCACAAAGAUGCCAUGAGCUGGAUAUGCAAGCAUGCCUUUCUCAAGAUGUGAUUGAUAGACUGAAAUUAGAGUUCAUUGAACUAGAAGAAAGGGUUGCAGCUCUGCAAGAAGAAAAAGGUAGUUUAUUAGUAGAAAAUCAAGCUCUUAUGGAACGACUCAAUCAGUCUGAUUCUAUUGAAGAUCCCAACAGCCCAGCAGGACGUAGACACUUUCAACUGCAAACCCAGUUGGAACAACUUCAGGAAGAGACUUUCAGACUGGAAGCGGCAAAAGAUGAUUAUCGGAUUCGUUGUGAGGAACUUGAAAAGGAACUUUUAGAGCUACGCCAACAGAAUGAAGAACUUACUAGCCUUGCAGAGGAAGCCCAGACUUUAAAGGAUGAAAUGGAUGUCCUUAGACAUUCCUCUGAUAAAGUGGGUAAAUUGGAGGGCAUGGUAGAGUCAUAUAAAAAGAAGUUGGAGGACCUAGGUGAUUUGCGUCGCCAGGUGAAACUCCUUGAAGAGAAGAAUACUAUGUACAUGCAAAAUACAGUCAGUCUAGAGGAGGAGCUACGGAAAGCAAAUGCUGCACGAGCUCAACUGGAAACAUAUAAGAGACAGGUUGUAGAGCUUCAAAGCAGAUUGUCUGAGGAGUCAAAAAAAGCAGACAAAAUGGAAUUUGAGUAUAAAAGAUUGAAAGAGAAAGUGGACACCCUACAGAAAGAAAAAGAAAGGCUAAGAACAGAAAGAGAUUCCUUAAAGGAGACAAUUGAAGAACUGCGUUGUGUUCAAGUGCAUCAAGGCCAACUCACAGCAGGACUUAUUCCAAUGAAUAGUCAAGAGGCAUCGGAUAGUUUAGCAGCAGAAAUAAUAACCCCCGAAAUUAAGGAAAAACUUAUCCGAUUGCAACAUGAAAACAAAAUCCUGAAGUUAAACCAAGAGGGCUCCGAUAAUGAAAAGAUAGCUUUACUACAAAGUUUACUGGAAGAUGCCAAUAGGAGAGAGAGUGAACUGGAGACUGAGAACAGGCUAGCCAAUCAGAGGAUAUUGGAAAUACAGUCUCAGGUUGAAGAACUUCAGAAGGCACUACAGGAUCAGGGGUCAAGGGCUGAAGAUUCAAUUUUGCUGAAAAAGAAACUGGAUGAACAUUUGGAGAAGCUUCAUGAAGCUCAUACAGAGCUUCAGAAGAAACGAGCAUACAUUGAUGACUUGGAACCAAAAUACAAUAACAGCUCUCAAAAGAUUGAAGAGCUUCAGGAAGCCUUAAGAAAGAAGGAUGAAGAUAUGAAGCAAAUGGAGGACAGAUAUAAGAAGUAUCUAGAAAAAGCAAAGAGUGUUAUCAGAACUUUGGACCCUAAGCAGAACCAAGGAGCAGCCCCAGAAGUUCAGUCUCUGAAAAAUCAACUGCAAGAAAAGGAACGAAUGUUGCAUUCCUUAUCGAAAGAAUAUGAGAAGACAAAGAUUCAGAGAGAUCAUGAAGAGAAGCUAAUUGUUAGUGCAUGGUAUAACAUGGGUAUGGCACUUCACAAAAAAGCAGCAGAAGAGAGACUUGCCAGCACUGGUUCAGGACAAUCCUUCCUAGCUAGACAGAGACAGGCAACAAGCACACGACGACCAUACCCUGGACAUGUUCAACCAGCUACAGCAAGUGACGUGAUUGCAUGAUCUGCAGCAUGGCUUUCCUGCACUGACUACUCAUUUGCAUGACUUUUGAGUUUGGAUUCUUAAUUUGCUGCUGUUUAUUUUCUAACCUAUCUAUACUAUGGAUGUAAUAGCCCCGCUCCUCCAUUUUGUAAUUUUGGACAUAUUACCAGAAAGAACUGGGAGGCAUUACGGCUUAAUACACUGCCCUUUGGAAUUUGCUAUCAGACUGACAGAGAUUGAUGCAUGGUGGUCCUUUGUCUCUGAUACCAAUUGAGUUAGAUUUGGAUAUGCCUUAUACAAGUUCAAGUGGGCAUAGGUUCAUUGUGCACCAUAUCCAUUAUUUUGUACUGUAUCGGCAAUCUCAGCUGCUAUUAAAAAAAGUUUUAAAUUGAUCCAUUAGUAGGGUGCUGUUCAGUUGAGCAAACCAGAAUAUUAUUUUCUCCAGCAGAUCCGGGAUUGUUUGAUGAAUAUACUAGCUGUCUAAAACAGAACAAAGUCAGAAAGCUAUUGCUCACUUAAGCUCAAAAAUACUAAACUGUUUCUCUGUAAUAGAUGCACCUCUAGUACCACUUCGUGCUAUUUUCAUAACUGUUAUUCAGUUGUUAAAUAAGCAUUAUGGAGAGUCUACAGCCAUUGUUUAUUUAGAUUUGUAACAAAUUUUCAGAACAUUGACACCUCAGUUUGUACACAAAUAUCAUUUGUCCUAAUGCUUUAUUAUAAUAAAGCAUUAUUACUCUGUGUAAUGAGUUCCUGUUUACUAUCCAGUAAUUUUCUGCUUUAACUACUUGAUUCUGCAAAUGGAAAGAAAAGCCACAUAGUGCAAAUUUUAAAGCUUUGCACAAUAUAGUAUUAUAAUAUUUAUUUACCUUUGUAUUUUGACUUACAGUAUUUCAGGACAUAACAACUUAAUUAUUCAGGAAAACCUGUGUUUGUGUCCUAUAUCUGUAUCAUUACAGGUUUCAUUAUGUAUGAAUGGUCACAAUGAUCUCUGCAUUGACCUCAUUGUAUAGCUGGCAAUCUACAAACUGCUUAUAAAAUAUGUAUAUACAACAAACCAACACAACUGAAUUACAUCUUCAGGAAAUAUUCACAAAGUGAACUGAACUGUAAGAUACAAUGAGACUUUCCACAAAACACCUUUGAAUGCUUUGUAUGUUGCAAAGAAGUGUACAGUUCCGUAUAUUGUAAAUAAAAAUCUGUCAAGAUUGUGUUAUUUUCUUAAUGUUCAUUGAUAAAUCAAUACCAAGGAUUCCUUGGCAAGGAACAUAAACCACCAGGGGAAUAUCUUCAGAAGAACAGCACCUCCUAGUGACUCACAAUUAGGGAUGGGCAACAGUGAAAAAUUG